CAGACACAAGUGUCGUAUAUAAAAGCAGCACGUUCUCUUUCACAAUCUUAUGAAUUAAGAUUGUAACAUAACAACAGUUUCGAUCGUCUGCAUUGCAACACACACACGCACACAGAACACUAGAAUCAUUAUUCGCUUCAGGGUUGGAGGCACGAAUUUGCACCGGUAGCUCUAUCACUUGGAUCACGCGGAACCCUUUGGCUGAAACUUUUAUCGCUUCUUUUCUUGUUUUGUUUCCUUGAAAAAUCUAAUAAUUUGCGCGCUAUUCUAGUAACUUACUGAGUUACCAAGAAUGAUGCCUGCAUACAGAAGCAUGGACUCGUACCCAUGUCAGAGAAACCAAAUACCUUUCCCUCAUUAUUAUCAUCCAGGCAUUGAAGCUAUUCCCCCUCAAAUGAAGCUUGAUCCAUCCAAACCACCCUUUUCUUAUGACCAACAUUGGCCCUAUGCCGGCAAUUUUGGGCACCCUACUUCCCCACAUUUCUGCUGUGGCCACAACAACUUCCCUUGUCAUUAUAGCUACAUGCCUUCAUAUCCUCAUGCCCCUUCUCCAAUGUACUAUUCUGGAACUUGUCCUUCAUAUAGUGAACCAUAUUUUGUUCCUUAUUCCCCACAACCACAUUAUACCAUGGAGCUGCCUAGGUAUGAAAAUGACAAAUGCAUGCCCCGAGAGCUUCAUUGUUCUGGUUCUGCUAAUCAUCCAUGCAACCAAAAGGAAGGUAGAAGUGUGAAGAUUGAAGAGCAUGAACUGGAUGGUGGAAAGAAAGAGAAUGAUGCUUUGGUCCCAAUUCAGCUCAAGAAUUAUCCAUAUCCCUUAGUUUGGAUUCCACAGGAGUACACAAGUAACAAACAGCUGAAAAAUCCUAGUACAAUGGAAGUUCGUGAACAAAACAAGCCUUCUAGUCUUGAGAAUUCUAAUGUUGAUGCGCAGCCAACACAGGAGCCUAUAGUAUGGAAUGGAUGGCUUCCCUUCAAUAUAAAGGGUGCCCGGAACAUGAUUCACGAUGGAUAUGGAACAAGAAACCAGAAACAGGAGUCUGGCAAUAAUAGAGGGGAAUCUGAAAAUGGAAAAAUAGACCAGAAACAUCAAAGUGAACAGAAGAGGUCAGAAUUCCCAUUCCCUAUCUUCUGGUUGCCUUAUUACAAUAAGCAGGAGGAGAGUGGAGAGACUAAGAACCAGGAGAAAAACAUUUCUUCACCAAAAAUUGUUGAGGAGGUACCCCAUACAUUCAAAUUUGUUCCAGUGAAGUCUCAUGUUGAUGAAGGUGGUAGGAACAGAACCGGAUCAAAUCAAGCUGAUCAAUCCACAAAUACAAAUGCUUCUUCGGAUGCUGUAGAGAAAGUGAAUAAUGCCAGAAGCAUACCUGUGAAGCAGAUAGAAUCCCACGAAGGAAAAAAUGUUUCUCUCGAUCAAAUGGAAGAGAAUGUGACACAAAAGGACUCUUGCACUGGGGACAAAAAGAGACAAUCUACAUCUUCACCUAAAGGAUCCAAGUUACCUCCGGUUUGUCUGAGAGUUGAUCCACUACCAAGGAAGAAAAAUGGCCACGGGAGUUCGAGUUCGAGGUCCCCAAGUCCACCUUCAUCAAAAGGGAAUUCCCAAGCUACAACUGGUGAAACAUUCAAGACUCCUGUGAGUGGCACACAUGACAAGGCUCAGCCAAAUUUGAAUCAUCAGAAUGCUCCAAACACCAGUGAGAAAGUUAAACCAAAGGAGAACACCAUUCCGGUGUCAGAAUGCAUGACUAAUGAAAACAAGGGUGUUGACUGUAGGGAUGGAUGUCAGAGCCAGAUGAAAGUAAACAUACCCAGUAAAGGUCUGAAAGGGGCAAGGGAAACAUGUCCAGAUGAUGAUGACUAUAAGACUGAAGAUAAAAAGGCAGAGAAAGGAGCAGAAAAUAUGAUGGAGGAAACUACUGAAUCAAGGGAAGAGAAGGAUUCAAGCACACGAACUGAUGCGGGUCGAAAAGAUGGAAGAGUUUUGUCAGAUGCAGAUGCUGCUGUUUUGAUACAAGCUGCAUAUCGCAGUUAUCUAGUUAGAAAAUGGGAACCGUUGAAGAAGUUGAAGCAGAUAGAUGAAGUCAGGAAGGAGGUGACUCGUGUUCAAGGCCGUGUUCAAGCUUUUGAGAGAUCUCCCGAACUUCAAAAUGAUGACAAACAAAAAAUUGCAAUUGAAGAGACCAUAAUGAAACUCCUGCUGAAGUUGGAUACUAUACUGGGUUUGCAUCCAAGUUUCAGGGAGAUCAGAAAAUCCUUGGCUAGGGAGCUCAUAAUCUUGCAAGAAAGGCUUGAUUCUAUAAUGGCCAAGAAACCUCAGCAGCAGAUGCCGGAUGUUCAGGAACACGUUGAAAUCACUCCAAUGAACAUGCAGAGUGAAGAACAUGUGCAAAAGCAGCAAGAAGAAAAGGUUGCUGUACCAGAGGAUUCAGCUGAAGGCACUAGGGAUGAUGUAAAAGGUCCUUGUGCUAAUGAUGGUGGAAGUGAAUCUCAGUCACCAGUUGAUCCUCCAUCAAAUGAGGGAGCAGAGUCUGUUGCACUUCCAAAUGGCUCAGAUAAUGAGGACACCAGCCAAGUGGUUACAUCUGAUGCAUUGAAUUCUUCAAGUGAUCUGUCUGAGAGUGACAAAAUGGCUGUGGAAUCCGAAGCUAAAUCAGAAGUGAAAGACAAUCCGAUUGCGGAAGACAUUCCCAUUGAGGUUGAUAAAUUGGACAAGACUGUUUGGGAAGAAUUGCCUGUGGGAGUUAUUGAUGAAGAUAUCAAUGAUGUUAGUAUUGAGAAGGAAGAACAUGAUGAUGUUAGAUCGGGAAGUCUCCCAGCCAUGGUGAAUGAUUCGGCACAAGAAGGAUUAAAUUCAGAGAGCUAUGCAAUGAUGGAACUGCCAUUGGGAUUACAUGAGGAGCAUGAAAGGGACAAUGAAAUGAAUAUUUCUAAUGGAGAAACACGGUCUGAGAAUGAGAUAUUUAUUGAGGAGCUUCCUGUGGGACUGCACGAUGAAGAUACAACAAUAUCUAAAGAUAAGAGGGAUGGUCAAGCUAAGCCUAAAACAUAUAAAGAGGUUCGACUAGCUCAAGAAGGGGAAUGCAAUGCAGAUGAGGAAACAAGUUCUUCCACAGAUGACACUGCCAACGAAACUCAACUAGAGCAACAGCAGAAGCUGAAAGAGCAAGAAGAGGUGCAUUCUUCUAGGGAAUCAGAUGGCUGGGUAAAAAUUGAGUACCCGGAAGAAGGUGAACUCAAUGGUGAUGCACCAAUGGAUAUAAGAGUUGAGUGCAAGUCAGGUGAGGAAGCUGGAACUGAUACUAAGUUGCUUCCUUUAACAACACAAGUCAGUGAUAAUGAACCAGAAAAUGAAGAUGUAUUCUCAGAAGCAAAUUAUGUAAAUAACAAAUUAACCGAGCCAAUGGAGUUUGUACCUUCCAAUGACACACAGAAGGAGGAGACACCAGAGAUGGUUGCUGAAGAGGCAAUUAUCCCUGAUGAUAAAGACACAGAAAAUUUGGCCAAAGAGAAAACUGAAGUAUCUGCAGAACCACCACCUGCAUUGCAAGACCGAGGGUUAAAUGGUGACUCGAAGUUAUUAGAAGAGAAUGAGAAGUUAAGGGAGAUGAUGAAGAAGUUGCUUGAAGCCGGGAAUGAACAGUUAAGCGUGAUAUCAGAUUUGACUGUCAGAGUGAAGGACUUGGAGAAGAAAUUAGCCAGGAGAAGGAGUAAGAGAGUGAAGACAAAACAGUAUAGACCCGCAGCUUCCAAAAUGUCUACCCAUGAAAUGAAAUCCUCCUAAUAUUCCACUCCAUGUGAGAGCCUUUGAUGUUGCAAUGUAAUAAUGUCUCCUUUUUAUUUCACGGAGUGUAUGUAUAUGUUGUAAUUGUGAGAUGUGGUAUGAGUCAUGUUCUACUGAAAACACUAUAAUAACUAUACUUCUUUGCUUAA